AUGCAAGAUCCUAUCGAAGAUGUGAAGCUCAAGCUUCUCAGUCCCAACCCGUGGACUUGGAACCUUGCUCAUUACCAAAGCAAAGAUCAGGGCUUCCAAAUCACGUGUAGGAACCCACAGUCCACACUUUCUCUUUUUCCGCGAUCACUCUUGUCUCCUCAGUCGACAACCACUUCACGCCCAACCGCCGUCAUGUCCGCCCAAGUUACUAAGGCCGAGAACCCCUGCCGAUCCCUUCGCCUGUCGAAGUUGGUCCUGAACAUCUCCGUCGGAGAGUCCGGUGAUAGACUCACUCGUGCCGCCAAGGUUCUCGAGCAGCUGUCCGGUCAGACCCCCGUCUACAGCAAGGCCCGUUACACCGUCCGUACCUUCGGUAUCCGCCGUAACGAAAAGAUCUCCGUCCACGUCACCAUCCGUGGCGCCAAGGCCGAGGAGAUCCUCGAGCGUGGCCUCAAGGUCAAGGAGUACGAGCUCCGCAAGCGCAACUUCUCUGAGACCGGUAACUUCGGAUUCGGUAUCAGCGAGCACAUCGAUCUCGGUAUCAAGUACGAUCCCGGUAUUGGUAUCUACGGCAUGGACUUCUUCGUCUGCAUGGACCGCCCCGGUGCCCGCGUUGCCAAGCGCCGCCGCUGCCAGUCCAAGAUCGGUGUCAACCACCGCAUCACCACCUCCGAGACCAUGAAGUGGUACAAGACCAAGUACGAUGGAAUUAUCCGUUAAGUCUCUCUAAAUCAGAGAUAAUGGCUGGGUAGGGCCUGUGAAGUACGAGGUACUCGACAAGAACCAAAAAAUUAUCCCGAGUACUCGAGGAAACAAAAUUUGUGGACGGGCACCCCACUGCCAGUCAGCGGGCCCCUUGAUCUCUGCAUCCAACAUGGUCUUGAUUUUGUACUCCGGCAACCAGGAUAGGCGUGGGAGAGACAUGAAUUCAUUAUUACCUUUUUA